AUGAACACGGCACUCCUAAUUCCGCCCGCGGAUGAAGAUGAAUUGCAAGCCCCUCGAGCGUGUAGCGGCCUCGGCUACUUCACCCACUCCUUCACACCUGAUGCGGACGACAUCCCCCCCAUCACGAGCGCCGGAGUAUUGUUGAGGGAAUUCAGAGUGGAGUUUGGGAAGCUGUGGUAUUUGGCGGCCCCGGCCAUGUUUACCUCCAUCUGCCAGUACUCGCUCGGGGCCGUCACCCAGACCUUCGCCGGCCACAUCAGCACUCUCGACCUCGCCGCCUUCUCGGUCGAGAACACCUGGGGAAUGGGAAGCGCGCUGGAAACGUUAUGCGGGCAGGCGUACGGCGCUGGGCAGAUGGAGAUGCUGGGCGUUUAUAUGCAGAGAUCGUGGAUCAUCCUCCUCGCCACCAGCCUCCUCCUCACCCUCAUCUACGUUUUCGCAGAGCCCAUUCUGCUGGUAUUGGGCCAGGACAAAGACAUCUCUCGGACCGCGGCCCAGUUUUCGUGGUGGAUGAUCCCUCAGCUAUACGCCUACGCCCUGAACUUCCCCAUCUCAAAGUUUCUACAGGCCCAGAGCAAGAUGAUGGCCAUGGCCUGGAUCUCGGCCGCUGCACUUGUCAUCCACGUGGCGCUCAGUUGGCUUCUGAUGCUGAGGCUCGGGUGGGGGAUGGCUGGUGGGGCCCUCGUACUCAAUGCCUCGUGGUGGUUCGUGGUGGUGGCCCAGCUUGUGUAUAUAUGGGCUGGGGCGUGCCCACAAGCAUGGACGGGAUUCUCGUGCCAGGCAUUCCGCAACCUUUGGGGAUUUGUAAAGCUGUCCGCGGCCUCUGCUGUUAUGCUCUGUUUAGAGAUGUGGUAUUUUACAGCGCUCGUACUCUUUGCUGGAUACCUCAAGAACGCGGAACUUUCGGUUGACGCAUUAUCUAUAUGUAUGAACAUAUUAGGUUGGACGAUAAUGAUAUCCAUUGGAUUAAACGCAGCAGUAAGUGUAAGAGUUUCAAAUGAACUUGGGGCAGCACAUCCAAGAACCGCAAAAUUUUCCAUGGUGGUUGUGGUGGUAACUGCAACCUUAUUGAGCCUUGUCGUUGCUGCAAUUAUUCUCAUAUUCGAAAAACAGUAUCCUUCAGUGUUUACUGAAAGUGUGGCUAUUGGGGCAGGAUGGCAAGCUUUAGUUGCCUACGUGAAUAUUGGGUGCUACUAUAUGUUUGGCAUUCCAUUAGGUCUACUUAUGGGAUAUGUUCUAAACAUGGGUGUAAAGGGAAUAUGGAUCGGUAUGAUAACAGGAACAGUUGUGCAGACAUUUUGCCUCUUUCUCAUGGUCUACAGGACUAAUUGGAACAAAGAGGCUUCUGUUGCUGCAGACAGAAUCAAAAAGUGGGGUGGAGAAAUUUAUACAAAGGCAGAUAAUCAACUCGUCGGAUAAUUGGAGUUCAUUUGUGAUAUUUGAAAAAUCUUGACAUAUUGCAAAGGUCACAAUUGAGCCAACAAAAUAAAUAAAUUAUUGGCCCUUUUUUUGUUUUCCUUUUUUUCUGUAUUUUAUCAUUUUUCCAAGGCCGCAACUCUCAAGUUGUGACCAUAUUCUUUGUCUACAAGAUAACUGUUGCAUAUAUAUGAAUUUCAAAUUGCACUUAUGCUCCAGAUACUUAAGCCGCACUUGGAUACAAAUAUAUUUGCUCAAAAUAAUUAUUUAGUAUAGUCAAUUUUGAAAAA